CCACAUGUGCUACGUCCUGUUGGCGGGACGGUCACGAGCCCACCCCCAUGAUAAUAUUGAUAUGCACUUCGAAGUUCGAAGUUUGCGCCCCCUUGCACACAAUGGGCAGCAUUGUACAUUUGAUUGUCUGCAUUGCAAAUUUUGGGCGCAGGGGCUUGAAUUCAAGAGCAGGCGAUAUGUGACCGGCGCUGUCGUCCUUACAGGUGCUCUCUGAAGAGACAGGCUUCUCGUUGCAAUGGACAGCGACGCUGACAUUGAGCUGCCCGCAGACUGGCAGGAGGGAGUGGCCACAUUCUUGGCUGCAUUUGCUGAGACAGAAGCCCCGUCCCUGGACCAGCUCCUGCCCUCCAAGCCGGAGCCUGACGGUCACCCGGCAUUCCUGCCUGUCCCAGCGGACACCUUCGCAGCAGCUGCCGAUGGGCACUUUGAUGCUGCGUCACUGACACUGCCCGCAGAAGUUGCCUGCCCAUAUCUCAAAACUUCGUCGCCCACAUCGUCGGCGUCAAUGUUUGGGGAGGGCGUCGCCACGCCAAGCUCCCUCGAACUUCCAGGGGAUUCAGGCGGCUCUCGGACACGAACAGCAAGCAGUAGCCUGGAGUCGGACAAGAUGAAGGGGCGGAUCAACAAGGCUGCGGCUCUGGCGGAUGUCAAGAAACAGAAGCUGAGGGAAAAGAACCGGAGGGCGCAGCAGACGUACAGAAACAAGCAGAAGAAAGUGAUACAGAGCAUCAGUUCCAGCCUGGAGGAACUGAACCUGCGGGUGCAGCAACUGGAGCAGGAGAAACUAGACUUAGAGACCCGCAACAAGAUGUUGAGGAAAGUAUGGAGGUCCACCUCGGAACUGCUGUCGCCCCCACUGGACGCAGAGGGCAAGGCAAUGGAAGGUGCAUCAGAUGAAUCUGGCUUUGAGGCGGUGCGCCACUUCUAUACUCUCGUCCUUCCGGAAGAGGCUCAUAAAAUUACGACAGGAUACUUUAGCGACAUCACUGUCGACGACUUUGUGCGAUUCUGGAAGGUGUACACUGGCAAGCUGCGGGGCUUCCUGGAGGACGGGGCGGACGACCCCGAGUCCCUGGCGUACAGGCAGCUGGAGGAGCUUAUUCUGGCGCAGCGGAGCCACUCGUUGCCCUUUGUCCCGGACGACCCCCGCUUCGCUGCGCUGGCCACCGCUGCCUGGGGGCAAAUCAAGGAAGAAGCGACUGAGGUGCCUACACGGGAAUAUUGGGCGAAGGUGCUGCGCGCACUGGGCCUGAGCGGCGAGCAGCAGCAGGCGGUGCUAGCGAUCCACUGCCAGCUGGUGGCGCGCUGCGAAGAGCUGCUGCAGGAGCGCCGCGAUAUCCUCGCCUCCCUGCAAAGCUCGCUGCCCACGUACUCCAAGACGCUGCUCGAGAACCCGGGCCUCGUGUACGCCUCCCACGAGGCCAAGCGGCUCGCGCUGAACCUGGAGCACGAGAAGCGCGCCGUGCUGGCGUGCAAGCGGGACUUCCGAUGCGCGAUCCUGACGCCGCUCCAGGAGGCGCGUGGCAUCGUGGCGUCGUGUCCGCACGCGAUGGACGUCCGCGCGCUCUGCGAGCUGGUCGCCGAGGACGAGGCCGGCCUGGAAGACCAUGGCUAGUGCGUGCUGUGACAUCUGUAUCCAUACGGAUUGCCAUUUGCUUGUCUUUCUUAUUUUUGCACGCAGAGGUUCGCAACUCACUUCGACCGAGUGCUCGUUCGAAGUGCAUUAAAUAUGUAAGUGGCUCAAGGAUAGGUUUGAUCGUCCCAAAUUGUAAGUAUCUGCCACCCUUAAUCUUCAGUAGCGACAGCGGAAGGAGGCAUUGCAAUCUCAAGUAGAGUGCUCUAAGUGCGAGAACUAGUAUUGGGAACGAUACUUUUCGGGCUUCGGCUGGACUGUUCCUAAGCCGCACUCAAGAUUCGGCACAGGACACCCAUCCUGGGGACUGAUCGAUCAUAAGACUUGUGAGUCAGCCCAACUUUUGAAGAUAACCGUUCAGCCUCGAGCAAGUACACGGGAUUGGUUUGAACAGAACAGACUCCGCUACAUCAGUUUGGCUGGACCUUGGCAUGUAUUUUUAAAUGAGUGCAUAAGAGCACUCAAUCUGGUCGAUUGAAAAAGGGUCUUGCCAGCA